GUGGUUUACCCAGUAGAGGAAAGUUGGGAAUAAAGGAGUGGCCAAAUAAAGAAGGAAUGUAUAAGGAGUACAUAAAGGAGUGUGUGUGAAUUCCUACUGUAGCUGUCUAGCUGUCACCUCAACAACACAACAACAACCGGCUUGCUGCUUCCCCCUCCAAAAGCUGGUACUUACUCUGAUCUGCAGCAGGGCCAAUUUAGUCCUGGGCUAAGGGCUUCUAAUGCUUCCGUUUCUGAUGAAGAUGAAAAAACGUGCUGUUCUCUCUUUACUUACAGAUACUAUGGAAGGAAGCAACAGUAUCUGGCCCAGUCAACAGCAACCAGGGGGUCCAGUCUGGCCGACACAGCCCAGCCAACAGCCCACCCAACCCCAACCUCCAUCCUGCUGGCCUGAGCAGCCCAGCAUCCCCUGCUGGCCUGGUCCUCAAUCAUCCCAACCAGCCCCAGCUCAACCUCAGCCCAUGCCUUGCUUUCCUGGGAACCCGAACACCCCCUGCUGGCCUGGGCAACAGCCAUCCCAACAAGCCCCAGGUCCGGCCCAAAACUGGCCUGGGCCACAGCCAUCACAACCAUCCCCAGCUCCAGCCCAAAACUGGAACUGGCCUGGUCCUCAACCAUCCAAACCAUCCCCAGCUCCAGCCCAAAACUGGCCUGGUACUCAACCACAACAUACCCAUCCAGCCCCAACCCAUCCCUGCCAGCCGUGCUGGCCUGGACCCCAGCCCCAGCCUCCCCAAUUACAGCCCCAGCCUACACCCCAGCCUUAUCAACCUCCAGCCUCAAUUCAAGCCCAGGCCCAGGGCCCCAGCCAGCCCAGUCCCCCAGGGUGGCCAGUCCCAGGCUUUAACCCAGGCGUUAACCCAGGGUCUGGAUGGCCAUUCGGCCCUGGUCAGGACCCAGGUGUACAAUCUAAUUGGCCUGAUCAGGACCCAGGUGGCUUCCCACCUGCUACACAGUGGAAUCCGACACCAACUGGACAGAAUGUGCCCUACAACCUGAACCUACAAAGAGGCAUCUACGACAAGAUGAUGCUCACCAUCAUGGGCCAGGUCAAACCAAACGCUAAGCAGUUCACAGUGAACUUUCUGCGAGGUAAUGACAUUGCCUUCCACCUCAACUCUCGGUUCAAUGAGGGGGGCAAGCAGGCAGUGGUGAGGAACCACAAGAUGGGAGAGCACUGGGGGAAGGAGGAGAGGCACACACAGGGAGGCUUCCCCUUCAUGGCCGGUCAGUCCUUCGAGAUGAAGAUUUUGGUUACGUCUGGCGAGUUUAAGGUGGCUGUGAACGGAACUCAGCUGUUUGAGUUUAAACACCGCAUCAGAGAACUCAACCAGAUCGAUCGCAUCAACAUCCUCCAUGAUAUCAUCCUCACCUCUGUCAACGUAGACACAAUACCAUGACAACCAUACAUAUGACAUCCCUAUAUUAUACAACACUCAGCAUAGGCUACAUGCAUAACAUGGUAUCAAUCUGCAGUUAUAGUCUUUGCAACUUUUUUAUGAUGAUGGUGAUGAUGAUUAUGAUGGUGAUAAUGGUGAUGAUGAUUAAGAUGGUGAUAAUGGUGAUGAUGGUGAUGAUGAUGUUUCCCAUGCCAAUAAAGCCCUUGAAUUGAAUUGAAUUGAUAAUGGUGACGAGCUGCAAACAUAAUAAUGAAUUUUAAUACCCACUAACUCCACAAAAAAACAAAUGUGUGUAAUUUACAAAGUAUGAAGGACUAAGAAUUAAGCAAUGCCAUUUCAUUUAAAUGUGUAUAAUAUUUUAUAUCUAUUUUCUGUUGAACGUCUAUGUAAAUAAACAUACUUUAUGCUUA